CAAGAGAGAAAAGUAAAAACACUUUUCAUGAGAAGAAAACCAAGAUUGGUUACGAAUAAAAGUGAACCAUGAUUUUUUCAAUGCAAGUGUAAAAUUGCGUCUCUAAGUGUGUGUGUGUGUUUUGUGUGUCUGUGUGGCUACAAAGUGAACGUCUGUUUUAUCAUCUAACAUGUUAUUGUGUCCACACGAAACACCAUUGACCAUUGGAAUAAUUUUAUUUCAGUUUCAAACAAUUUUCACCUUUUCUUUUGAUUCAUCGUCAUCUUCAUCUGCAGCCAGUGAGAUUCCACCAUAUCUUGUUUUGCAAGAUAGAAGUAAAAUUGAACCUUACUUUGAUAAUACAACAAAUAAAAAUAUAACGACAUCAGCGGGCAAAAGUGUUUUCCUACCUUGCCGAGUCCAUCAUAUUGGUGAUAGAACAGUUUCAUGGAUUCGAAGACGUGAUUUAAAUGUAUUAACAGUAGGUAAAUACACUUAUACACCUGAUCAGAGGUUUCAAGCUGUUCACAUGGAAAAUAGUGAUGAUUGGAGUUUACAAAUUGGUUAUACUUCUAAGAGUGAUGCAGGAAUCUAUGAAUGUCAAGUAUCAACGAGUCCACCAAAAAGCCUCUUUGUUAGCCUAAAUGUUGUUGUUUCACAAGCCAAAAUAAUCGGAAGUCCAACAAUUUAUUUUAACAGUGAUAGUACACUUAACUUAACCUGUCUAGUCGACGGUGCUCCAGGUCCACCUGAUUUUAUAUUCUGGUAUCACAAUGGUGAAGUAAUCAAUUAUAAUUCACCUCGUAAGAUUAAGGUACAAUUGGAGAAGCGAGCUCAAGCCAUUUCGGUAUUAACAAUAAACAAAGCAACUCCCAGUGAUUCAGGUAACUACAGUUGUGUCCCAUCCAAUGCUGAUUCAGCUCACAUUGCCGUUCAUGUGCUCAACAAUGGUGGUCAACCGGCUGCCAUGCAACAUGGUAAAAGAAGUGCAGAAAGUUUAAUCAACAGUUCACCCUCAUUGACACUAUUCAAUCUAUUUACCUCACAAUUUAUAUCAACUUAUCAUCAAUCCAUAGUUCACUUUGGCAAUGAUAUUUCUCUAUCAACUUUUCUACCUUUACUUAUAAGAACUUGUUGCCUUGCCUUUUGUCUUCCCGCUUGGUUAUGUUUUGUCAAAGACUUUCAAUCAAUUCGAUGAUAACCAAUCUCAAUUCAACGGCAAAAUAUUAAUAAAAAGCGUUUAAUUUUUGGAGAAGCACAUUUUUCGUUCAACAUUCAUCAACCAACAAUCAUGUAAAGAUACAACUCAACAAAAAAUGUGCCCACAAUUGCCAUGAAAGCAACUCUUCCAGGUGAGACGAAGAAAGCGAAUAAAAAAGAGAAAUUAUUUUGUGUCUUCUUUUGUAACGAUUCCCUGAAUACAAAAAUGUACAUAUUAACUGACGAUAACUGAUGAAAUGGAAAGCAAACUAAAGUGAAACGAUUCUGGCAGAACAAUACUCGACUUGGAAAAAGAAAAAAAAACAAUUUUCUUCUUUACUCACCUUUAACCAUCUAUUUUCCCUCUUCAUACAUCGAUCAAUUUUGAAAGAAAAUCAUUCAUCAUGAUUCACCCUGUAAUCAUCGCCAUCAUCAACUUCAUUAAGAAACUGCAUUACUUUCAUUAUCGUCAGUUUGCUCGUUUCAUCUCUAAUGACUACGAAAAAUGAGAAACACACAAAAGUGGAAAAAAAAUUUUGACCAAAAAAUCGACUCAUUUGGACUCAAGUUUUGGUUUUUCUUUCUUUCUCUUGUUUCGCGUUCAAACUGCAAACUUCAAUUCUUAUUGAGCUUGUAAAGUUUAUGAUGGAAAAAAUUUCAUGAUUGAAAUGCAUCAUGAAAGCAAAUGUGAAAUGGAAAUUUUAAAUUGAAAGACAAAAAAGAUGACUAAA